UGCCUCAUCCCAAACCUGCAUCCAAUAGUAUUAGUAAAUCGAAUGAAAUGGAUUUUGAACGAAAUUAUGCCGUCGAAUUGGGUGCACCUCUGUUAAUACCGCUCCAAGAUGAGGUGAUAUUGGAAGCCGAUACGGAUUUUGUAUUACGUUGUGAGUCCACAGAGGAUAUUGUGUGGAAACAUCCGCUGGAUGCCUUUGCCGACGAAGACACCUACACACCUGACGAUCCAAGCCGUCCAUUUGGUCGUUCUCUGACACUGUCAACGGUUUCGUAUUUAUCGGUGGGCAAUUAUUAUUGCAUCAAAAAGAGUCAUGUCAAUUCAACCGAUUUAUUUACCAUUGAGGAUGCCACCUUAACCGAUUUGGCCAAUAACAAUUUGGCAUCAUCGAUAUAUGUUUUUGUAAAUGAUACUGAGCAUUUGUUGGCCCCCAUGCCAUUUCCGGUAGUACAUGUGCUACAAUUCCAAGAUGCCGUUAUACCCUGCAAACCCACAAUUCCCGAUGUUGAGGUGUUGCUAACAAUGCCCAAUGGAAAUACUAUAGCCAGCGAUAGCGGUGUACGCUAUAACCCACAAUUGGGCUUUGUCAUUGAAGUUCGUGGCAUGGAAGAGCACGGCACAUAUACUUGCCGUCCCAAAGUACCAUCUCCAGCCAAUGAGGAGGAGUAUACUGACAUCGAAACUAUUCUUGGUAACAAAAUUGUUAAUCCCAUACAACUGGAUAAAGGGUCAAUAACAACCACAACAACGAUACCAUCUUCAAUUGGAAUAAUGGGUCUAACAAAUUCCAAUCAAUUGGAUGAUAAUAACAAUUUGAUAACAAAUAUUUACACUACCACAACACCCAUUCCUCCUCUUUCCACAACAACUAAAACUACGACAGUAAUAACAACAACAACAAGUCCAGUGAUGAGCACAUUACCAAGUACCGUAACUAACCAAAAACUAGUCAAUGUCAUUAACAGCAUCUCUAGUCGUCCAAGUCCAAGUCAUCAUUCCCAAAGUGGUCGUCGUCUUCGUCGUAGAAAUAAUCGUUUAGACAAUUUUAUAUCCAUUGAUGUGAAUCCCCCUCAGCUAACAAAUGGUGAUGGCAAUGCCAUGCUUAAUAUUGAUGAUCCACGUUUGCACGAUAAUCAUUUGGGUGAUGGUUUCAUUAUGACAAUACCGCGUACAACAACAAUGACUACGAUAACACCGACAACGACAACCGAUAGCUAUAACUAUGACGAUUACGAUGCAAAUGCCAAUAGCAAUGAAUCUUCUUCGUCGUCGUCUAGUUCGGAAAAUAGCUCCGACAAUUCAAUGAAAACGGUUUCAAGAAUAAUACGUAAUGUCGAAACCACAACCAGACGUUCAUCGCGUAAAUAUUUAGCUAAGAGUAGUACUCCUAAGCCUCGUACCGAGAAAAUGGAAAGGCCGAGUAUAACAUCGACAUCGAAACAUCAUGCUCUGGUAGGUGAAACAUUUCAGUUGAUAUGUGAAAUUCGAAGAGCUCAUGAUGUGAUGGUGAAUGUCACUUGGAACAUACCCGAAGGUGUCGAUCCUGAACGUGUCGUUAAAACUAGCCGACCAUCGGAAAAAUUCACCGUCAAUCACACCUACACUGAAAGUUUACUGACCAUACGAAAUGCCCAAUUAAGUGAUACCGGCAAAUACACCUGCCAUGUCACCGAUCACAGCAAAAACAAGAAUAAGGACUCCUAUGACAUGGUCAUACUGGAAGAAGGUCAAUCCUACAUAGACAUGCAUGAACAGAAUAAUUACUAUGAAGUUGCCUCGACAGCAAAUAAAACCAUGCAAAUGGCCGUCCUCUAUAAGGGUUAUCCCCAUCCCACGUUACAAUGGUUCCGUCCAGAUGGUAGUGAAAUACCUCAAGGUACCUCAUUUAGUGGCAAAUAUAAUGUCACCACAUUGGAUGAUAAAACCACUUUGUACAUAAAGAAUGCAAAUCUGCUGGAUAGUGGUAUUUACACGGUGCGGGCCCUUAAUGGUAAUGUUCGCAAGGAACAACAAUUUAAAGUGACGGUCCAUGAUACACCAAUUGUGGCGAUAGAUGAUGUCUAUGUCCACGAAGGGGAGAAGGCACAUGUUCAGUGCCGGGUCAAAUCGCAUAUUAAACCGAUUGUAACAUGGAUAUUUGAACCGUGUAGUAUUGAACCAAGAUGGCCGUCGUGUAAUAAAAAUGUUAUACAAGAUUUUAAUGAAACAAGUUCCCGCAAUGGUGAUACCUUUAUCGAUUUCAUAUACGACAUGUAUUUUGUACCGCCAUCUCCUGGUAUCGUUUAUUGCACGGCCGCAAAUCUCAUCGAUAAUGUUAUACACCGUGGUAAGGGUAAAGCUCAUGUACUUGUCCGCGACAUUGAAGAGAAUAUGUCCCUUUAUGGCAUCAAUGAGACGGACAUUGUUGCGCUGGGUGAUGAGGUGACAAUUACGUGUGCUGCAGUUGCCUACUAUUUUAACGACAACAUUCGGUGGUACAAUGAAAAGCGAGAACCCAUUAUCGAAUCGAAUAAUGUAAAAAUAACCAAAUCGAAAAGUAACUAUUCCUACAUGUCAGCGUUGACUUUCAAAAAGGUCAGAGACAGCGAUCAGGGUAUUUAUGAAUGUGGUGCCGCUCACGUUAAUGAUGAUAAAUCGGAGUAUAAAGUAAUGAGUCUUAUAGCGCAUGAACCCUUUUCACCACAAAUGACGUACACCAAUUUGGGUGACAACAAUAAAUUGGAACGGAAAUUGGGUGAAUCUCUUGAACUGAGAUGUGAAUCGCAUGCCAUACCCAAGGCCACGGUAACCUGGUAUAAAGAUGAUGUGGAAUUGACGAAUAUUACCAGUGAUUAUGUGGGUCACAUGAUAAUACCUUAUUUAAAACCCGAUGACCAGGGCCAAUAUAAAUGUGUUGUGGCCAAUCGUAUUGGUGUCAUCGAACAAACGGUUAAUGUUAAAAUCACCAAUAUUCCUGGCUUGACUUUGGGCUGGAUUUGCGGCAUAGUUCUGAUCCUUCUGAUACUCAUUGGUUUGGUUAUCUAUCUGUAUAUUCGUGUCAAACGAGAACGUAAACUAUUGCGCGAACUUAAGGCAGCUGGUUUGGCUAAUUUCGAAGAAGGUGCUGUGGAACACAUCAAUCCUGCCCUAACACUCGACGAACAGGCCGAUCUGUUGCCCUAUGAUCGUUGCUUUGAAUUCCCCAGGGAUAAAUUGAAAUUGGGCAAACAAUUGGGCGCCGGUGCAUUUGGUGUUGUACUCAAAGCCCAUGCCGAGGGUAUACGACCGGAGGAGAAGGAAAGUGUCGUGGCUGUGAAAAUGGUUAAACGUAAUGCCAAUAAUGAAGUAAUGCGUGCCUUAGUAUCGGAACUAAAGAUCAUGGUACAUUUGGGUCAACAUUUAAAUGUUGUCAAUCUAUUGGGUGCUGUAACGAAAAAUAUUGCCAAACGUGAACUUAUGGUCAUUGUGGAGUUUUGCCGCUACGGUAAUGUUCAGAAUUUCCUAAUGCGCAAUCGUAAACGUUUCAUAAAUCAAAUAAAUCCGCAUACGGGUAAAAUUGAUCCUAACAUUACAACACAGAGAUUUUCGGAUAAUUUUGAAUUGGAUCGUUCUGGUCUGAAAUAUGUUAAUUUAUCCUUCUCAAAUCAUCAAUAUAUGAAUCACGUCAAUAAUAUGAACAAUAUGAACAACUAUUAUUCCAUGAAUAAUCGCAGUGAUACGGAUAAUGAUCCACGUUCGGGUACUCGAGCUGGCCGACCUGGUUCUACGGGUUAUAUAUCGAAAUCGGAGCUGUAUGAGGGUCAAAUAAAUACAUGCGGCACUGAGAAUACCGUUAUGACCACAGUACCAGAAGAUGAAGAUAAUAUUAUGUCAAAUAAUUCCGUACAACCGGCAUGGCGUUCCAAUUACAAAUCAGAUUCGACUGAGGCAAUGUCAAUUACCACUAUGGACCUAAUAAGUUGGUCAUAUCAAGUCGCUUGCGGCAUGGAAUAUCUUUCGUCGAAGAAGGUACUGCACGGCGAUUUGGCAGCCCGUAAUAUUCUGCUGUGUGAAGAUAAUAUUGUCAAGAUAUGUGAUUUCGGUUUGGCCCGCUCCAUGUACAAGAGCGACAAUUACAAGAAACAGGGUGAUGCACCAUUGCCCAUCAAAUGGUUGGCAUUGGAAUCGUUGAGUGAUCACAUAUUCAGCACCUACACUGAUGUCUGGUCAUUUGGUAUUGUUUUGUGGGAACUGUUUUCAUUGGCCAAGGUACCAUAUCCGGAAAUUGAUGCCAAUCAAAGUUUAUAUUUGAAACUCAAGGAUGGUUAUCGUAUGGAGAAGCCACCCUAUGCGAAUGAUGAUCUGUAUGAUAUUAUGCUGGAAUGUUGGAGUACAAAUCCCGAGCGUAGACCAUUGUUUAAUGUGUUGAAGGAGAGAUUUGGUCAUAUGUUGGGCGAAGAGGUGGCAAGUCAUUAUAUGGACUUAAAUGAACCUUACUUAAGAGUAAAUACUGAGUACAUGAAGAGAAAUCAAACGGAUUAUUUGGCCCUGAUGGGUUCACCGGAUGAAAUGGCACCACCACCGCCUAGAUAUGUUAAUGGUCAUAUUUUACCAGAAAUACGCAUUGAUUUGUCCUCUGAUGAUUACUUACAAAUGAGCCCCAAUGGUGGCUCAGUCAUUUUCUCACCCACUCGCCCCAAAGACUCACCCCCAAUAUGCACCGAAGAUAAUGACGAUCAUCCACCCAAAAUUUCAACUACUUCCUUUAACUUCCCAGAUACAGCAGCGGAACAACAUUCCCCCACGCUGGCCAACAAUUUGGAUAGUCCGAAUAAUAGUAAGCCACCGCGCAACAAAAAAGAUGGCAUUGAUCCCCUGCCCGAGGAAAUACCAAUGCUGCCGGCAGUCAAUCACAGCGAAGACAGUCCGGAUCAGCCACGUAAAUAUGCUCAAAUGUUGCAACAGCAAACGAAGAAUAUGCCCACACCGUCACCCCGCCAUCACAUAAAGGAGACCAAAUUGAAUGGUGCUGCCGGCGAGGAGGGAGAGAAUUAUGUGAAUCUAAAAUCGCCCAAGAAAGCAAUCAACAAUAAUGGUGCAAAACAUCCGGAAGCGUUUUCGAAUCCAAGUUAUCAGAUACUCAAACCUGGCACAGAGAAGGUAGAUGUCAAGUAA